AUGGCUUCUACCAAACACAUUCUUGAUCAGGGAUGGACUUUCCAGCAAAGCAACAUUUCCUCGGACGACUGGCUCCCAGUGCAAAAAGUCCCAAGUCAAGUUCAUAUAGAUCUACUAGCCAAUAACAAGAUCCCAGACCCAUUCAGCGAUCUCAACGAACUAGCAGUACAGUGGAUUGCUGAGAAGGACUGGACAUACAAGGUCCAAUUUCAGAGACCCUCACGUCCUGUAGUUGAUGGAUCGCUCAUCACGGAUGUUGUCUUUGAAGGUCUUGAUACCUUUGCAACAGUACUAUUGAAUGGAAGUGAUAUUUUAAAGUCGGAUAAUAUGUUCUUGUCUCAUCGAAUAGAGAUCUCCAACCUUCUUAAGGAUGUCAAUAUUCUCGAAAUCAAAUUUGACUCGGCUUUGCUACGGGGCCGGCAGCUGGUAGAAGAGCACAGCCAUGAACACACGUUCUACGUACGGCAAACAGAAGUCGGUCGUGUUCCUGUGAGAAAGGCUCAAUAUAACUGGGGCUGGGAUUGGGGACCGAUAUUAAUGACGGCUGGGCCCUGGCGGCCAAUUUACCUAGAACAAUACGUCUCAAGAAUUGAUGAUGUUUGGACCCAUUACGAAGUUAGUGAAGACUUGAAAAGAUGUUCAGGCCGCAUCUUUGCCAAAGUUGCGGGUACAAGUCAAGAGUCAAUCGUACUUUCAGUAUCCUUCCGAGGGACGACUAUUUGGGAAAAAGAAUGCGUCGUUAACUCUGAUGGGCUUGCUGAGACGGAGUUCCAGAUCGACAACCCAGAGUUAUGGUACCCAUUUGGCUACGGUCAACAAGCCCGUUACGAGCUGAAGGCAACUAUUGCAGGCAAUGAAAAGACCAAACUUAUCGGCUUCCGGCGAAGUGAAUUGGUUCAGGACAAGGACGAGUUUGGCAAAUCCUUUUACUUUCGCAUAAACGGAAUCGACGUGUUCGGUGGUGGAUCGUGUUGGAUCCCCGCCGACAGUUUCCUCUCACAAAUCCCGGCACAACGAUACCGUGACUGGAUGAAGCUCAUGGUAGAUGGGAACCAGCAUAUGCUUAGAAUAUGGGGCGGGGGGGUUUAUGAGGACGACACCCUUUUUGACGCUUGCGACGAGCUUGGAGUCCUUGUAUGGCACGACUUUCAAUUCGCAUGCGCCAGUUAUCCAACGUAUCCCUCCUACUUGGAAUCUGUUGAACAAGAAGCAAGACAAAAUCUUCGUCGGCUGAGGUUUCAUCCCUCCUUAGUGAUAUGGGCCGGAAAUAACGAGGACUACCAGGUCCAGGAGCGUUACCAUCUUGAUUACGAUUACGAAGGGGACAAAGAUCCUCAAUCAUGGUUGAAGUCCAGUUUCCCGGCUAGGUACACAUACGAGUACCUACUGCCUAAGAUCGUUAAGGAAGAGGAUCCAUUCAUGAUCUAUCACCCAAGUAGCCCAUGGGGAGAUGGAAAGCACACUACCGAUAAGACAGUAGGAGACAUUCAUCAGUGGAAUAUAUGGCAUGGUGCGAUGAAUAGAUAUCAGGAGACUUAUCUACUUUCUGGUCGAUUUAUCAGCGAGUUUGGAAUGGAGGCUUACCCGCAUCUCGAAACAAUUCGUGACAUGAUUAAAGACCCACAGCAACAGUACCCGGGAUCGAUGAUGAUGGACUUUCGUAAUAAAGCUAUUGACCAUGAGCGCCGUAUGAUAACGUAUGUUGCAGAGAAUUUCUUGGUGAAAUAUGACCUUCCUUCAUAUACCCACCUCACGCAAAUUGUUCAAGCGGAAACUAUGCAUUUCGCCUACAAAACAUGGCGCCGAGAAUGGGGCAAACCUGGAGCGCGUAAGUGUGGGGGUGUGCUGGUAUGGCAAUUGAACGACUGCUGGCCGACAAUGAGCUGGGCUGUGGUUGACUAUUAUCUCGUCAAAAAGCCAGCAUUUUACGCAAUUGCGAACGCCCUGAAGCCACUAGCUGUAGGUGUGUCUCGAACGUAUCACGAAUGGACAACAGGUCACGCCGAUCCCACUUUGCCUUCUCGAGACACGAAAUUUGAUCUUUGGGUCGUAAGCAAUCGACAAGAAGCAGUCCAGCUCGAAAUAACCCUCCGAUUCAUCUCAGUUCGGACAGGCCAGGAUAUUCAAUCCCCUUUAAAACUCGAUACUAUAUCGGCGCAGCCAAACAGCACAACAGAAAUCUUUCAAGAUCAUGCUACCCCUGUGGUAGAAUCUCAGUUAGCUGAUACUACGCGACCAUUCGACCUAGCGAAAUACGACCCUUAUAUAAUACAUGCAAUCGUCAAAGAGGAUGGCCAGGUGAUUGCGACCGAUACCGCAUGGCCGCAGCCACUGAAGUACCUGGACUUCUCCGACCGAAACAUAAGAUUCAAUGCUUUAUCUACCAACAAAGUCGCCAUACUCUCUAUUCGCCCAGUAAAGGGAUUUGUCUUUGAAGAGACCCGAGACGUAAAACUAAGCGAUAAUGGGUUCGAUCUCGUCCCAGGUGAAGAGAAGAUUGUAGAUGUAUCCGGGGCGGCUUUAGACUCUUUACGAUACACCUACAUUGGAGCGCCAGAAGGGUCUUUGAAAGUGUCGACAUAUACAUCGGAAGGGAGCUGGACGACAUCAGUCGCUAGUCUUGUGUCAAAGAUCACCUCUUGA